CACACUUCUCAACACACACACACACACACACACUCCUCAACACACACACACACACUCCUCAACGCGCGCGACUGGAGAAUCCGCGGCUCGAGGGAAAGCGGGGAUCAUGGCUGCUUACAGAGAAUGGAUUGAGUCCAAAAAUUCCAGAGGCGUUGACUUUCAGUACUGUGAAGGCGAGCAUGUGAGCAUAUCAGAGCUGAAAGAGGACCCCCGAAUAGACCAGCACUACCUGAGAAAGGCCUAUAUUCCAUAUUAUCCAAAAUCCAUUUUUCAGGUAUCCAAGGUAUGCCAUGUGACUGGAGAGAGCGGCCUCUGGAGUAUCUUCAAUGAUGGCGGAUUCCGGAAGCCCCAGUUCUUGGAUGACAGCUUGCUGUGGUGGAGCCUAUCGGUGACUAAGGAUGACAUCGCUGAUGCUGAACAGAAUAUCCUAAGGAAGAUGUUCCCAGCAGGACAUGCUGAAAACCAGCAGCCUUUCCUGGAGGAUUUCACCGCCUCCCCAGCUUUUCAGAACAAGUCUCGAUACGGCAACUUCCGCUUCACCUUUUCUCUAAAAGAGCUGCUGCGUCUGUACGCUGAACAGUACUGCCGUGAAUCUGCUCUAGUCCUCCGUGUGUUGGACACAGCGAUCUACAGCCAAGAGAUUCUCUACACAGUGCUGGUGCACCCACAACACGUUAACUGCUACGACCAAUACCCGCAUCUGCCCAGUGACGACAGCGGCGUGUGCGGAUAUUCUCAGGGCAAGAUGUCCUGGCGCUGUCAGUCUCCUUCAGACAGCUUUCGCCACCGCAUGGAGGUGGACAGAGAGGAGCGCAGGGUUCAUGCGAGGCCACUUCAGAGUGAAGUGUAUUACAGGUGGGAUCAUGUGGCCGUAGCCUUCCACGUAGAGCCAGACUGGAUUCUGCACGUGGAUAGAAAGAAGCUGUCCAGCAGUGUGAGUGUGUGUGAGGUCGCAGAGAUCAAUCUCCUGAAAGAGCCAGACACUCCUCUCAGUGAGUCUGAUGCUCGUGCAGUACUCAAGAAUGUGAGGAGACAGUAUAGGUUAGGCCCAGUCUAGGCCUAGGUAGAUGUGUCACAAAGCAGGAUUACUUAAAUUUCUGCUCUGAAAGGAAAUGAAAUUGAUUUGUUGUUGGAACCAGAGUGUCUUUAACUAUUCAAACACAGCUGUUGUGAAUAAUAAUAGCCAUUCUUUAACUAUCUACUGAAGUAACAUACUUGCUAUCAAGCUAAUUAUCCAGUUAGCCAUACUGCUUCAUUAAAAGAACACUACUUAAGUCUUGUGAAGUAAGACUUUUACACAAAAAUCAAGAAUUUUACUUUAUUGUAAUCUGCAAAAGGCAGUGGGUACUAUAGCAGUGUGUAAUAUAGCUACUAUAGCUGUCUUAUUUUUAUUGCUUUUAAGGACCCACUAGGUAGGAUUUCCUUGAUUUUUUAUUGUUUUAAAGAGUAAAAUUACAGCUUGAAACUCACUGCAGCACUGCAUUGUGCCGGAGCUCCAAUGAGCUCUAACAGGUUUUCCGAGGUGGCCGCGACCAACGCUCGCGAGAACUGCGACCUGCUUUCCGACCUUUAGUUCUAAUGAAACAUUUAUUACACUCUGCAACUGUAGGGGGAGCCCACGAGCAAAAAAUCUCAAUUCUACCUAGUGGAGCUUUCAUUAGGGCUGACAAUAGUCACGCGUUAAUGCAUGCAUUUAAUCUGUAAACUUUAAUGCAUUCUUUUUUUUCAUCCCAUUUUCUCCCUAAUUUACAAGUCCAAUUAUCCAACCCACUCAUUAGAACUCCCCCUAUUAUUAGUGAUGCCUCAACACCAGGAGGGUGAAGACUAGCACAUGCCUCCUCCGAUACAUGGAAAGUCAGCCACCACCUCUUUUCGAUCUGCUGCUGAUGCAGCAUUGCCGAGUAGCAUCACAGCGCGCUAGGAGGAAAGUGCAGCAACAUUAGCUUCUGAUACAUCACCCUUUAGAGUUAUGAGGGGAAAGAGCGCCAUCUACCCACCCAGAGAGGGCAAGACCAGUUGUGCUCUCUCAGGGCUCGGGCAACUGAUAGCAAGCAACAAGAACAGGAUUCGAACCAGCUGUCAGUCGCUCAGUUGUCCAUAUGGCAGACUAAGUUUUCAACUCUUAUCACUAUAAGACUUAAGGUGUAAUAAUAAACAAAAUAAAAAUAAUUACGGCUGAAGACCAAAUUUUCAUGAUGCAGGCAAUUAUUUAUUGAAAGAGGCUCAUCGGACCUGAUGUGAUCAGGUCUAAACCUUUGCUUUAAAAAAAAACAAAAAAAAAAACAGUCUAGGUCAGGAGCUUUCACUCCCUGCAGUUGCAUAAUCUCUGAGAUUCAAUGGGUCCAGUGAUUCUCCUAAAUGCUGCGGCUAAUUUACAGCCAGAUGUCUCUCAGGCGGCCUUGAGCACCGGCCCUCCUAAGCUCAUAAAACAAUUUGCUGAGUGUGUUAAACUGCAUCUUCUGAUGACUCUAACGUGAGACCAUCAGUACAAUGGGUCUCUGUCUUAAACCUUAGAAUCCCACAUUGUGAUCUUCUAAUCUCAGUGGCAGCGCUUUAAACCAUUGGACCACUCAGAGCCCCAUGCAUUCUUUUUUUUCACACAUAUUAAUCACAUUACAAAAUUGACAGAGCCUGGUGACACAUUAGCAGUUUUAUUUUGUGAUAUAACACAACAACGCUUAAUGUUAAGUUCAGAAGGAAGAUGAGUUUAUGCUCUCUCUGUAUCUCUCUAAAACACACUUGAGUAGUCAUGCACACACAAACACACAGCUAAUGACACAUUUACUCUGUUGAAGCUGUUAAGUGUGGAAUAUGGAGCUACACCAUUUGCUACUGUUCAUUUUCUCUAUUAAAACUCUCAGUUUAACUCAGCAUCUCAGCACAUAACAAUAACAAUAUUCUCGCAUUAAAACUGCCCUGAGAUAUUAUAAUACACUACUAUAAUACAGUAAAAAUAUAGGAUCUAAUCUGUCAGGUGAAAAUUACACUACACUAUUAUUUUUGUCGCCUUCCCCAAAAUACAGUACAAUAGAAGUAACAGCCUUAAAAAAAAUGUAAUCAUGAUUUUAUCCAUAAUUUAUUCACUGAAUAUUGUUCUAAUUAAUAAUUUGUUUUUUUUAGGCAUUUUCACCAAUAAUUCAAAUCUAAUAUUUCUAACACUGAUUAUUUCAUUCACAUGUAAAUACCUAAUAUUAAAAACUUAGUCUUAAGGAUAAAAAGUGUGAUAAAUCAUGAUUCACGGAAUUCUAUUCUGAUUAAUUAGAUUUUUUUUAAUUGACCACUACUUUUAAAUACUACAAAGGUUUUAAAGGACACUAUUUGUUAAGUUAUAUUAUCUCCAUCAUUCAAUACUGUUCACAUGAAGAUCAAAUGUUUCUAUCCUUAAAUAGCCUAUGUUGAAAAUGACAGUUUUUGUUUUUUCACAUGACUGCAUUAGUUAAAAAACAUUUGUGCUGCUGAAUCAGCUUUGGAUUUUUUUUUAUUUUAUUUUUCUUAAUCAACAAGCAAAUUAAUGCAAUUUUAAGGUCAGGAUUCUGGUGUCUGUGGGCUGAUGCCACACAGAAGUUUAAGGUGAUAUGUGAAGAUUAGGAUGAAUUAGUGUACUUGUAUUUGUGCCAAACAUUUUACUGUGUUUUAAAGAACCAUUGCAAUUAUGUAAUUAUGAAACUUGAAAAAAUCAAUUGUCAAAUUUAAUUUCAGCUUUUUUUUGGAGAGCCUUCUUUUUAAGGGUGAGAGUAAAACCAUAGAACCACCCUGGGUACAGAGAAUUAUCUGCAAAGUCAUGAUCGUCUAGUGUCCACUAGAUGGCUGUGCAGUGCUGUACAAACAUAGCCUUUCACUGACAGUGCAGUCAGAAAAGUCUGUACAGUGACCUUUAUACAGAAUAUAUUUACAUUUCUCUGGUCCUGCCCAUAUAUCCAACUCUUCUGGGAAGGGGUGCAUAACUAUAUCUUGGAAUUAGUGGGAGAGCAGUUGUGACUGUCUCCUCCCCUCUGUCUCAUCUUAGCAAAUCAGAUUCUCUUUGGAUCCGAACUGCCAUAAUGCUGGGCGGUCAAAUUAUAAUGAGAGUUGGGCCAUCAGUCCAAGACUGGCUGUUGCAGCUUACAAAAAACUUUAGUUCAAAUGACUAAACAGACUGGACCAAUAUUAUGGUAAAUGGGGGACAUUUCUAGACUAUUUUAAAGUGGUGAGCAUGACAUUAAAUCAUAGAUUCAAGAUUGGU